CCUCACAGUGAUUACCUCCCUUGGCAGAAUUGUAAUCACUGCCUUCACAAAGUUCACGUGACCAUAGAAAACAGGCACGUGACUUUAAAAUGGAGGAUACUCCAAAGAAAACUGUUCUGGAUGAAAAUUGCUUCAUUUGUUGCAAAAACAAACGUUUUUAUGGUUUGAACGGGAGGAAAGCCGUUGAGAACGAACUUAUUAACAAGUUGAAUAAAUUAUCUGGGAAAAAUUUUGAAGAUUUUUGUUCGCAAUACCCAUCUAAAAUAUUCGGGAUAUGUAGGAAGUGUUUGAAGAAAGUUAAUUCAGCAUACAUUUUGCAAAUACAGUUGAUAAAUGUUAUUGACAGUUCGGAUCAGGAUCAUGAAGAUGGACAGCCUAGGUUCAAACGGAUGGCGAACAGUCCAUUAACUCCUAAACUUCUGGUUGAUACGGACGAUGACUCGGUGAGUUCGAAACGUUCAAAAGUGAGACGACCUCUACAUCUUGAACUGCAGGAUGACUCAAGCAGCAUUAACAGUAUUCCACCAACAAGUGAUGAUCACUGCUAUUCAUCAGUACAAUCGUUAGAAAAAAACAAAGAAAAUAUUGUUGACUUUGAACAUUCUUAUUCAAAAAUCAUCGUAGACUCGCACUGUAAGAAAGAAAAAUCAAGUGUAAAAUCAACUGUAGAAUGCCUGAAAAGUCAUCUUGUGGAACCCGACAUUUCGUCAAGUUUGGUGAAUGACAUUGUUGAUGUAAUUUUCAAUCAUAAGGUACUGUUAAAGGCUGUUGAGAGAAAGAUGUUGAGUGUAAUUACAGACAUGUGCUCAACUUUAUCAUCCAGAAAUGUGGCAUUUUCAAGUGUACUGUCCCGCUACAGAAGUAUCACUGGCCUUUCAAUGUUUGGUGACCAGCUGCUGAAUGAAAUCAUUCAAGAAAUUUCUCAAAGAAUCCCAUUCUUGUUGGAUGUCUUUGCGACAAUAAGUUCUAGCACUGGAGAACCAACAGAACAGAAAAUUGCUCCAAUAGCAGCAGCAUAUGCCAUCUUGAUGAACUCAAGGUCAGAGAAACUUUCAGCCUGGCACAGACUUACUACUAUAAUUGUUACAAAAGGACAUUUGGAUGACUCAGCAUUGACAACUCUGAACCAUUUGGGUGUUUGCUUGUCUGCCCCUACCAAAACCCGUCUUCUUGAUGAAGCUGGAAAUGGAAGUGACCUUGGUAUUGUGUCAGAGCUGAAAAACAAUCCAAUCAUUAAAGUGACUGGAGAUAAUUUGGAUAUUUAUGUUAGAACUGGUCACAAAUCAUUAGAUAAACACAACAAAGAUCUUCACUUGUUUGCCUCGAACAUCAUCUUCAGCAGAAUUGCCCAACCACAUAUGUACAGUCUUCGUGAAAACAGUAUUCCUCUAUCAAAUCUAACUUCAGAUUUAUUCCUGCCACAUGGACACUACACUGAAACACUUAUGAGCAGCUAUACAGUUCUUCUGGGAAGGAUGCUGUCAGAGUUAAAACCAUUUACAUGGAUGAAAGCAGUGUUGCCUGCCCACAUUAAGCAUCCAUAUCAGCAGCAGAUGGCUAUAAAGUCCAAGGUGUACCAGCUACCAAUUAUGUUUAAGAAUGAAGCUAAACAUGAGGACUGUGUUGAUAUACUCGAUUGUUAUGAGGACAUUUUAGAUGAUUGUUUCGUGAAAGCCUUUGGUUCAAACAGUCUCCUUCAGAAAUACAAGGUUGUAGUUGGUGGAGAUCAGCUGACUAGAGUACGUUUGGAGGAAGCAAAACAGCUCCGUUCACUAUCCACAUCUCCAAAGAAAAGAUUUGAUAAUCUACAUCCUUUUGUAAUUGAAUUAUGGCAUACUAAGCAAGAUUUUCUGGAGAAAGCAUACAAGGAGUUAUAUAGCCCUAAGUCUGUCCAUCAACCUGGAACACUUUACCAUUUAAAAGCCAAACUACAGCGCACAGAUGUAACUGGAAAAGUUAAAGGGGCGUUUAAACAACAUCACGAAUUCAUUAUGCUAGUUGGUAAACAAAUGGUUAUUGAGCAGUUUCUGGAAUACUUCGGAAUGGAAGAUCCAUCAUCAUCCCCUACAGCUAACAUCCCAUCUGCUCAUAUUGAAAAGAAGCCAAUUCAUGAAAGGAUGUCUGAGAUGAAUAACAUUCUGAGACGGUUUAUACUCAACUAUGGUUACUUGGAAAUGGUGGAAGGUACUUGUUCAUGCAAUGAUGAAGUAUACUGUUACUGUAAUAAUUUGUGCAGAUGGUUUGUUCAAUUAAUUCAAAUGCAGGAUUGUGUUAAGGAAGGAGACAUUAUCAGAUUGAUUCCCAGCUUAAUGGCAUGCAUACCAUUCUUUUUCUCUCAUUCAAGAUUAUCAAAAUAUUUUGUGGAAUUAAUUGACUUUAUUAUGAAAGCUGAAUACAUGCUGUCUCCAUUACAAAGAAUAAGGGUUUUAGAGGGGGCUUUUACCAAUCUCAGAGGGGGAAUUGGCAACAAUAUUGAAACAGACCUGGUGCAGGAGAAUUCUGUAAGGAAUCAAAAAGAUCUGAUAAGAAGCCUAGGAGCUGAUAAGACUUAAAAAGCAAAUUCCCGGUGUACAAAAGUUUAUUCCUCUGUGUCAUUGAAAAAGAAAACAACACGGCACCAUACCCCAAAAGCUGAGAAAGACGAAAAAGAAAUAAGUAAAUCCCUCCGCUCAUCUCGACCUUUUCGCAAGGUUGAAAAUAGGAAAUGUGAAGGUUUUCCAAAUAUACAUGCAAGUCCUUUACAUAAAAUUGACAAAGCUGACUUUAAGUGUAGGAUGAACCAAGUUAUAGAGCGACUUAGUUAGGGACAAAAUG